AUGGAAGUUCAGUGGGGCUCCAGCUUCAAGUCAAAAACACUGGCUAACGUCUCGUCAAAGGCCUGGCUCCAUUUUGUAGCUGGAGGUAUUGGAGGGAUGGUCGGAGCAACAGUUACUUCACCUUUAGAUGUUAUGAAAACUCGGCUACAGUCAUCUUUAUAUAAUCCCAAAUCACAGUCUUCACAACCUUUUAUUCGAUCUACAAUCCCGAUCCUUGGACAUUUCAUUGACACAGGGAGAUUAUUGACGUAUGUGUAUCGUAACGAAGGUUGGAGGGCAUUGUUUAAAGGAUUAGGACCAAAUUUGGUUGGCGUAGUACCAGCAAGAGCGAUAAAUUUUUUUACAUAUGGAAAUGGCAAACGAAUUUUAACGAAUUGGAAUGGAGGAGAAGAAACACCUUCAGUACAAUGUACAGCUGCGAUUUUCGCAGGAAUCACGACAUCUACCUUAACAAAUCCUAUAUGGCUUGUGAAAACUAGAAUGCAGCUUCAAAGCUCCUCUUUGACUUCACAAAGACCUAUCAAAUAUAAAAAUUCUUUGGAUUGUGUGAUUAAAGUUCUGAGAGAGGAAGGUAUACCGGGAUUAUACAAAGGGCUGAGUGCUUCAUAUUUGGGUGUGACCGAAAGUACGAUACAUUGGGUUGCCUACGAAUAUCUUAAGUCGAAACUUUCGGAACGUAGAAAGAGAGAGCAAUUUAUAUCCGGUGAAUCCGUACAACCUUUUUAUCUGCGCAUGUUUGAUAACCUGCUUGCUGCAGGUUUAUCUAAAUUCGUGGCAGCAUGCAUUAGUUAUCCUCAUGAAGUCAUACGGACUCGCAUGCGACAACUCCCUGCAGACGGUGUACUUAAAUAUACUGGAAUUGUUCAAUGUUUUAAAACAAUACUUCGAGAAGAAGGCAUCUCGGCCUUUUAUGGUGGUAUGACAGCACAUAUGAUGCGUGUUGUGCCUAAUGCAGCAAUAAUGUUCUUUUGUUAUGAGUCGAUUUUGCAUUAUGGUCAAGUUAAUAAUAAUAAUUCAUAA